AUGUCAGCCUCAGAUUCGAGUGCUACGGGACUCAUCGGUAACAAGGGUUCAGCCGAUUCCUACACUAGUCGUCCCUCGGAUUCAGACCUGUCCCUGGAGGAGGACAAGGAGGCGUCUCGGCGCGAAGCCGAGCGCCAGGCUCAGCUGCAGCUCGAGGGAGCCAAGUACAAACCUGUAGCAUUUGCAGUAAAAACUAAUGUGAGCUACUGCGGUGCCACUGAUGAAGAGUGUCCGGUCCAAGGAGCCGCUGUGAACUUUGAUGCCAAAGAAUUUCUGCACAUAAAAGAGAAGUUCAACAAUGACUGGUGGAUCGGUCGACUGGUGAAAGAAGGAGCAGACAUCACAUUCAUCCCCAGCCCAGUCAGACUAGAGGCCAGAAGGAAAAACGCAUCUACAGGCUGGAGAUCCACGCCUCCCUCAUCUGCAGCCAAACAGAAGCAAAAACAGAUUGAGCAGGUCCCUCCUUAUGAUGUGGUGCCGUCCAUGCGACCGGUCGUGUUGGUGGGCCCUUCACUUAAGGGCUAUGAGGUAACAGACAUGAUGCAGAAGGCCCUGUUUGACUUCCUGAAGCACAGAUUUGAUGGCAGGGUCACGAUUACACGGGUGACUGCGGAUCUGUCACUGGCAAAACGCUCAGUGCUAAACAAGAAAGCCAUAAUGGAAAGAUCCAACGCACGCUCUACUAUGGCAGAGGUUCAGAGUGAAAUUGAGAGGAUUUUUGAGCUGGCCAAGUCCCUGCAGCUAGUUGUCCUGGAUGCAGACACCAUCAACCAUCCUGCCCAGCUCCUCAAGACCUCCCUGGCCCCAAUCAUCGUAUAUGUCAAAGUAUCCUCACCCAAGGUUCUUCAGAGGUUGAUCAAAUCUCGAGGGAAGUCACAGAGCAAACACCUAAAUGUCCAAAUGAUGGCUGGAGACAAACUAGCCCAGUGUCCACCUGAUAUGUUUGAUGUAAUCCUGGAUGAGAACCAGCUGGAGGAUGCGUGUGAACACCUGGCAGAGUACCUAGAUGCUUAUUGGAGAGCCACACACCUCCCCUCCGCUGUCCCACCUGUGAAUAACACGGUGGGAGACCAAAGUGUCAUCACCCCACCCUCUGCUAACUCCAGCCAACAGCUUCUCUCUGAGCAGUAUUCUGAGACUCAAGAGUUGAUAGAAUGAGCCACAGUAAAGACCAAGGAAAAGAUGGUGCUGUUGGCUGGAGUCAGACAAGAGGUCUACGUGCACAGGGUCCAGGGUGCCACUAGGGGGCAGCAGCACGCCUCAUCUCUCCAUCUGGAACACUCGGGAGAGCCAAAAGCAUGAAAGUGCUAUGUAGUGGCGGACAACAGGAGGUGCUGCCCCGCAACCCCCUCUCCCUGUUCCCAACAGACGACUCAGGGUCAAUACCUACAGCUGCAGGGAUCCAGGCAGAGCACUCACACCUCCGAUACGGGAUGUCCCAGCUGGUCAUAACGCUGAGCCAGCCCAUGUGUGUUUGGAUACAAAUUUAGACUGACAUUAGCUAUUUUUCCAGUAGCUCCAAAUUCAUUCAAUUCCCCAUUCUAAAAACCUGUCGCCAAAGAGUGCUAAGUCUUCCAUCUUCACAUUUAACCAAAUGAUUCCUAAAGGCACAAAUGUAUCAGAUUUUCUUGCUUUUCUGGGAGCACAAAUUAUGAUUUUAUUUACUUGAUUUAUGUAUUGUUUGUGUAUUUAUAUGUAACUUUUACGUUUACCUAUGGCUUCACAUUAUAAUACACAUAUCUGCCGCAGUAAUGCAAAGCCAUGCAUGAUACGCACAGAUUGCACAUCAAUCAUUUACUCAACAUGCAUCUUGGCCACAACUGUGAAUGUAGGCAACACUGGUACAUUUGGUUUGAACUGUAUUCAUGCAAACAUAGACCGUAAUAUGCCUUGUUACAAAGGCCAGACCUGAAACAUCUUUUCCAUAGUCAUUACAGACUUCAAAGAGAUGUCUACUGACCUCUAUCGUCAUGACAACUGUGGAUGUCCAGUGCUUAUUACAGUGCAAGCACAUGUGUUAUGUAUUUGAAAAAAAAUGCUUCCAAAUUCAAAACUUCACUAGACAUUUUUAACAGAACUGUUUUGUUUUUUCAUUCCAUGGCAUGUAGUGUAGUGUUACAAUAAUAUAUCAAUCAUUAUCACAGACGCUUAUGCAGUAACAUACAGCUUCUUAUCAGUGUAAAUAAGCUGUGCACGACACAUUAUAUCCACACUUCAUCAGAAGAGCCUCAGGAGCUUCAUGAGCCACUCUGCAGACUCACAGUGUGACCUACAUUUAAAUAUGCAUAUACCCAACCUGUACAUACUGUAUAUUUAAUUAGCUGAUAUAUUUACUGUUGAUUUGGCCAGAGUGAAUAUUUAUUUAUAUAUGUAUUAUUUAUGAGCACAAUACAGUAUUUUUUUCACAUUGUUAUAUAUCCUCUGAUCAUUUUUGAGCUAUCAAUAAUAAUUUAUUUCUGAAGACCAGGCUGGAAAAAUAAGUAACAGAAAGCACAGUAUGUUCCAAGGAAUAUUAAACUCAUCUUAGCAAAACUGAAAUGCAGGAAUUUGUACUAAAAUCAAUUAUCCUCUUGAUAUUGGAAGCACAAUUUUGUAUAACUGUAUUAUAUUUAUUAUUAUUUAAUAUUUACAAUACCUAUUUCACUCGCCUGAAUCCUGUAUGCAAUACAAAGUAAUAGGAAGCAUUACCAUAUACUAGCCAAGACUAGUGAAGCCCCUCACUCAUGAGGGGCUAUGAACGAUUGCACUAAUAUCAUUUCUGCUUUAUGAUGCAAUAAUGCACAAAGUGUUAUGCUAUUGGUUUAGCCAUCUCCAAUACUGAACAACUAUCUGGUCAAAUGAAAAUGUUUCCAAAAGUCAAUAAUUCUCUCAGUCUUAUACGGGGUGCAUCUGUAGUUAAUGCCGCACUGGA